AUGGCAGUUGUUAUAGAAACUACGCUUGGCGAUAUUACAGUCGACCUGUACAUACAACAAAGACCCCAAACAUGUCGGAAUUUUUUGAAGCUUUGCAAAAUCAAAUAUUACAAUUACAAUUUAUUUCAUUCCAUUAGGAGUGGAUUUAUAGCACAAACCGGCGAUCCAACUGGGGAAGGUUCCGGCGGACAAUCGAUAUGGGGAGUUAUAGAAGGACCCAAGAAAAGAUUCUUCUCAGGUGAGAAAAUGCCUAAGAUUCGUCACACUGAAGCGGGUUUGGUAUCUAUGGUAUGCACUGACGAUAUGAUGGUGGGCUCCCAAUUCUUUUUCACCUUAGCAGCAGAUUUAGACUCAUUAGAUGGUACACAUUGUGUGAUUGGUGAAGUAACAGAAGGCCAUGACAUACUUACUAAACUCAACGAAGUUAUAUGUGAUGAGACUCACCGCCCAUACCGGGAUGUGCGUAUUACACACACAGUUAUUCUAGAAGAUCCAUUUGUUGACCCACCGGGGUUAAUUCCUCCAUCAAGGUCCCCCUCACCUAACCCUGAGCGUUUGAAAGGAGGUCGAAUUGCACCCGAUGAGGAAAUUGAUGAGACAGAAGGAAAAACAACUGCAGAAAUACAGGAAAUGAUAGAGGAAAAAGAAGCUAAGGCUCGAGCAACAAUAUUAGAAAUAGUUGGAGAUUUACCGGAUGCAGACAUAGCUCCACCGGAGAAUGUAUUAUUCGUAUGCAAGCUUAAUCCUGUUACAACAGAUGAUGACUUAGAAAUUAUUUUUAGCCGUUUUGGCAAAAUAGUUAGCUGCGAAGUUAUUCGAGACAAGAAAACUGACAACUCAUUACAAUAUGCAUUUAUUGAGUUUGAUAAUAAAAAGUCAUGUGAGGAUGCGUAUUUUAAAAUGGAUAAUGUCUUAAUUGAUGACCGUCGAAUUCAUGUUGAUUUCUCUCAAUCAGUUUCAAAAAUGAGAUAUUUGGGUAAGGGCAGAGGAGUGCAAUACUUGAAUGAAGAUAGUUCUGAAAUAAACAUACACAAAACAGAUAAAUCAGAUAGAACCCAAAGUCGAGAUAAAGAGAGAUAUAGAAAUAGAGAUAAGGACUACAGUAAUAAAAAUCAUAAGGAUGAUAAAAAACACCACAGAGAUGAAAGCUACAGUGACAGACAGUAUAAAAAUGAUAAAUAUAGAAUAAAAAGAUCACAUAGACAUAGGACUAGAAGCCGCUCUCCAAUAAUUUCUGCAAAUCAUAUACAAUCAAACCAUAAAGACUCUAAUAGGAGAAGAGAACUUAGACGUGAAAAAGAUGAUGGUAAUUCGAAUAGAAGUAGUAGGCAUAAUGAAAGGGAAAAUGCCUACAGGUCUAAUACAUCACACAAUGAUAGAAAAAGAACAGAGAAUGUUUCUUCAUCUCCAAGAAGAAUAAAUGAUGAUUCUAAAAGAAGUAAAUUUGAAGUAAAUGUUGAAAAUUCUGACAAGCAAAACACAUAUAAUAGAAGGGGUAGAGAGAGGAGCCUUUCACCAAGACAUAAUAAACAUGAGAAUAUUGAUAUACAAGAUUAUCAUAGACAAAGAAAAGAAAAUACCAGGAGACAUGGCUAUGAUGAAAAUAAUAAAACAUACAGUGAAAAGAAGAAAAAACUGGAUAUUCAAAACCAUCAAGAUUCAGAAGAAGAGCCUAAGACACCUUCACCAAUUAUAGAGAAAAGUAAGAAAACUGGUAAAAGUAAAGAGAAAAAUCGAAAAGGUAAAAGCAAAUUACAACAAAAAAAGCUGUCAAAGAAAAAGAGAAAGGAAUCAACAUCUUCCUCUGAUAUUACUUCAGAGACGAGCUCUAGUUCAGAUUCGUCUACUAGUGCCUCAAGUGACUCAGACAGAAGUAAAAAGAACAAAAAAAGAAAAAGAAAGCCUUCAUCUUCCAGCAGUAGUAGCUCUAGCAGUAGCUCCAGUUCUGACUCCAGUAGUGAGACAUCUUCUAGUUCAGAUAGUGGGACUAACAAUAAGAAACGCAAAACAAAAUAUCAUGCAAAAAAGACUGCUAAGAGAAGUAGAAAAUAA